AUGAAGAGCGGCGGAGGAGGAGGAGGAGGAGGAGGAGAGAGGAGUAAAGAGGCCGUGGGGAUGAUGGCCCUUCAUGAGGCCCUUAGAAGCGUCUGCUUCAACACCGACUGGAAUUACUCUGUUUUUUGGACUAUUCGACCUCGCCCGAGAGUUAGAGGGGGCAAUGGCUGCAAAGUGGGAGACGACAAUGGUAGCCUAAUGUUGAUGUGGGAGGAUGGGUUCUGCAGAGGGAGAUCAUUAGCUGUUGGGGAGUGUUUGGAUGAGAUGGAUGGUGGUGAAGAUCUUGUUAGAAAAUCCUUCAGCAAAAUGUCCAUUCAGUUGUAUAAUUAUGGAGAAGGAUUGAUGGGAAAAGUUGCUUCUGAUAAAUGCCACAAAUGGGUGUUCAAAGAGCCAACAGAGUGUGAACCAAACAUCUCCAACUACUGGCAGAGCUCCUUUGAUGCUCUACCUCCAGAGUGGAAUGAACAGUUUGAGUCAGGGAUUCAGACUAUAGCUGUUAUUCAAGCUGGCCAUGGCCUUCUCCAACUUGGUUCCUGCAAAAUUAUACCAGAAGACCUGCAUUUUGUCCUGAGAAUGAGACACACUUUCGAGUCCUUAGGCUACCAAUCCGGAUUCUACCUUUCCCAGCUGUUCUCCUCGACCCGGCCCGCCUCAUCCUCUGCCAUGGGCCCACUUAAGCAGCCCGCUAUGCCCGUCCGCCCUUCCCCUCCCCUCUUCAACUGGGCCCCGAGGCCCAUCCCUCCGGGCUCAUCGAUGCUCACUUCCCCAGCUUUCCAGAGCCCGGCCCGUCUCCAGAUGCCACCCUUCAAGGACGAGACCCACAUGUUCCUCCUCCCCCACUCAGCCGAGCCCGGCCCAAUGGAGGCCCACAUGAUGCCCGACCACGAAAACGACAUCAAGUGGCCCAGUGGGCUAUCCUUCUUUGGCGCUCUCACGGGCCGGGCCGACGAGGCCAAGCUCCUGUUCAAUCCGGACGGCCCUUCGGGCUUGCACAACAAUCAUAGUAAUAGCAAUAACACUAAUAAUAACGGUAACCCGAACGAGUUCUUGAGCUUGGAUAAUAAUAAUUACUCGAAGAAUAUGGAAGGGAAGUUCAAGAGGAGCUUCACAUUGCCCGCUCGAAUAUCUUCCUCGAGCUCGAUGGGCCACCAUGUGCACAAUCCAGGGGAGUAUAGGAAUGAAGGGGGAAUGUACCAGGACGUUAUGGAGACUUUCUUGGAGUGA